AUGGGCUCUCUUAAGACGCCUUUGGAUUAUGUUCAAGCAGGCUGGGCUCGGGUCCAGGAAAAUUCUCCAGUCUACAAGUUCUUUUUCUCGGAUAUCGAAAUCGUUUCUGCUGAAAAUGGCUCGAUGGUUGCCCGCCUGCCUGUCUCUGCGCACCUUCUCAAUUCCAAAAGCGGCCUGCAUGGGUCGGUUUCUGCCACCAUUGUCGAUUGGGCAGGAGGCAUGGCCAUCGCAAGCACUGGCAUGGAGAAGACCGGAGUCAGCACAGACAUCCACGUAUCAUACGUCUCGACCGCGAAGUUGGGCGAUGUCUUGACCAUUGAGGGCAAGGUCAGUCGAGUAGGAAAGAAUCUGGGCUUCACAACCGUCACGAUCCUGAAGGGGGAAGGAGAGAACAAGAGCGUGGUUGCCCAUGGCACUCAUACCAAGUACAUCCUUCGUGAUCAGCCACCGAGCCAGAGCUCGUGA